CGCGCCAGACCACCCCCUGUUCCUAACCCCAGAGAGUGGGCGCUCGUGGUUUUGAAUGAUUACAAGAGACCGGGGUGGAAGGCGCCCCUGCUGAAACGGUGCGUGCUUCGAGUGUUCGAGAGGCGCGACAUGUUUGUUGGCUUGACCGUUUCGGCAGCGGCGGCGCAGGGCCAGCCUUUCUGGUGGUGUUCACACUCUGCGAUGCACUUUUGGGCUUGUAUGGUUGUUGUGGGAAUUCAUGCCUCUUGGGUAGAUGCUAGCAUGCCUGUAAUCGAACAAUGGAGAGGUUUCCAUGGCACAACGCGGAUUUGGCGGACUGCGGGGGAUGACUAUCCUAAGUCCGUCACUUUGAGGGGUCAUUUGCCAUUUCACGUUGGAACGAGGAAACAUGUUCUACACCAGCCGCCAAUUGAGCAGCCAGCCGGGUUGUAGAUUUCGACGAACAGUGUCCUAGCUAUGCGUGCGGAUCCGAACUCGGCAGACA